AUGGGAAAUACACAAAGUAGUACGAUAUUAAACCUACCGAAAAUCCAUUUAUCUAAUGGUAAUGAUGAAAUUUUUCGACCAGCACCUUUGCCGCUUGAUCAAGAUGGAUUUAUCGUGAGUUUUACUGUUGAUCAGCAGAAUGAAAUGUUAGAAUUUUUUGAAAAACAUGGUGUUGUGGUUGUUUCCAAUGUUUUACCUAAUGAGCAAUGUCAAUGUAGUGUGGAUGAAGUAUGGCUUUUCUUACGCGAUAUGUGCAAUCGAAAUAUCGAACCUGAUAAACCAGAAAGUUGGAUUAAGGGUUGGCCCAAUUUUUCUAAAUUUGGAAUUCUUGGAAAUGAUCGUUGGUUAUAUCCUCAAGCCUGUGAUAAUCGUCAAAAUCCAAAUAUCUACCAGGUAUUUCGUACACUAUUAGGUGAACAUGAAUUAACGGUUAAUAUUACUCGAGCUGGUAUGAUGCGGCCAACAAAAAACAUCUAUUUUCCUUCGACUAACCAAACAGAAGAUCGAGAUGAUUGGAAGACAAUUUCCGAAUGGCUUCAUCUCGAUAUGAAUCCAUUGACAGGCCGAUCAACGACCUUUGGAUUUGAAAGUGUUGCUGAAGGUCAUUUUGAUAGUUCAUCUGAUCCAUCAACAGCGCAAAUCAAAUCAACAAAUAAUGGCAUGCGUGUAAGAAAACUACAAGGUAUUUUAGCAUUAGUCGAUUGUCGAGAAGAAGACGGUGGUUUUCACGCUGUUCCGGGCUUUCAACAUUUUAUUCAAACUUGGACCAAGAAAAAUCAACAAUUAUGUAUAGAUGCAAAUCAGAGUGGAGAUCCAACGACUGUACAGAUUCCUAAAGAUGAUCCUAUUCGACAAUAUAUACAACGUAUGCCAAUUCGAAAAGGUUCGUUACUCGUCUGGGAUAGUCGUUUACCACAUGGAAAUUUUCCGAAUAAUUCCAAUCAAAUGAGAAUUGUUCAAUAUCUUCAUAUGGCACCGAUUUCUGAUGAAGCUAUUCGACCGUAUCCAUUAACAAAAGAAGAUCUACCAUCGGAGUUUCAUCUUUCAGAAUUAGGCGAGAAAUUAUAUGGAUUUAAAUCAUGGGAAUCAUCAUUAGCAAAGAAACGUUUCCGAGAAGAAAGAAAUUCACGAGUAUUAGAAACAGCAAACUUCGAACGACAAGUGAGAACUGUGAUGAAGUCGCAGUAA